AAGGGAAAGGAAACAGGUAAAGUUGAAGCAGGCAGGGAGACGGCCAAAUAAAACACAUGCUGUAGCUCUUUCAAACACCGUGUUCUUCUAGUUCUAGCCACCAGUGCUACUAGAGACAUGAUUCCUUCUCCUUCUCCAAAGGGUCAUAUGCUUUCUCCCUCCUCCCUCUAGAGCGAGGUUGACCUCAACAAGUAAAAGGCCUUGCUUGCAAAGAGAUCGUGUCGAUCGACGAGGAGUGCGCAAAAGCUAGAGAGAGAAGAGAGGAGAUUGAGUGCUCGCACUUGCUUGUGUGUUGGAGAGAGAGAGAGAGAGAGAGAGAGAGAGAGAGAGAGAGAGAGAGAGAGAGAGAGAGAGAGAGAGAGAGAGAGGGAGUGGGAGAGAUCAGAUCAGCAUAUCAGAGGGGAAUAUGGAUAGGGGACUCGUCCACAAAUCAUCUCCUCUAGUGGGCGAGAUGGGGGAGGCAGGCCAUGGAUGGUGGAGCGUGAAUAAUUUGAGGCCCCACUUUGAGCAGCACCACCAUCCUUCUCUUUUCAUGCCGUCCACCACCACCGCCACCGCAGCAGCACCAGCGCCGUCUUCUUCGUCCCCUCUCCAUUCCUUCUCCUCGCUGCUGCUCUCGAAUCACUACCCGCUGCCUACUACCAGCACGUCGACGUGGCAGCAGCAUGACACCAGCAGCAGCACCACCAGCCACGGUCAGCAGGGGCUCGCCGGCCAGCAGGAUUCAUGGAGCCAGCAGCUCGUACAAGGGGGAUUGGCCAUUAUUGGGGAAGAGAGGUACAAGGAAGGGCAGAUGCUGUUUCCAACUACAAUUUGUUCAGAAGCUGCUGGAGGGAGCGGCAGCUACCUCUACAGCGCCGCCGCCACGGCUAGCCAUGGUAGCAGCACAAGCGAAGAGGUCCAAUUGCCAUGGGGAAGCGUCCACCAGCACCACAAGGCUCUGCAGCAGAAAGCAGCUUCCUCUCCGAGGUCUUCUUCCAUAACGUCGACGACCUUCCUUGGGAGCAACAUGCUGGAGUUCUCCAACAACUGCAGCAGUUCACCACGUGAGUGCAUCAGCACAGCAUCUGGAUCAGCUUUCAAGAAGGCUAGGACCCAAGAACCCUCCCCGGCUCAAUCUACUGUGAAGGUGAGGAAGGAGAAGCUAGGGGAUCGAAUAACUGCUCUUCACCAGCUUGUCUCUCCGUUUGGAAAGACUGACACAGCGUCUGUACUCCUUGAAGCCAUUGGGUACAUCAGAUUCCUUCAUAGUCAAAUUGAGGCUCUGAGCUCGCCGUACGUGGGCGGCAGCAACGGCAGUGGGGGUGGCUCCAAGCAGAAGCUCCACGAGGCCAGUGUGCACGGAGAAAGGCACAUAAUAUUUCCAGAAGACCCUGGCCAGCUCCUGCAUGACAGUGCACUAAAAAAACGAGGACAGCCUGAGCCGGUACUACUCGAUCAUGAUGGAAGCUGUGAAGAAGGGAAGGAUCUGAGGAGCAGGGGUCUAUGCCUUGUCCCAGUGAGCUGCACGCUGGCCGUCGGAGUGGAUGUGGUCGCCAGCCCAGCGGACUACUGGGCAGCAGCUGUGCCGGCUUUCGGCAUGGGGUUUGGCGGGUAGAUGGAGGAGGAUGAAGACUUGUGUGGUUGUGGCACAGUACGGCAUAACAUCAGGAGCAGCCAUCCUGGUGAAGAGAUAUGUUUAAGGCUGGUUCCUCUUGAUGCUAUGCGAGUAUGCGUAUGAUAUAUGCACACUGAUCGAUAAUGCAUGGACGAGAGGGGAUCUGGGGAUGCAAAUAGUAUAUAACUGGUGGUAGCGUGUGUCUCUGUGCCGUGUGAUCUAGCUAUCUUCUGGAUCUAGAGAUUGAUCGUCAUCAUCAAUUUGCUGCACACAAGCUAGGAGUGCAUCUUCUGUACGUAUAACUCAUUUAAAUCAUAUUUGGGCCUCAUUUCUCUAUAUAUGCAUGGUCUCUUGUGUGUAAUGUGUCA